AUGGAUUGUAUCUUAGCAUUAAAGGGAAAAGAGUAUAUACUUACUGCGUCUAAUAAAGCAUUUGUUCGUGGAAUUACUGUACUUGAUGAUUUAAAUGAUAAAUCAAAAGUUUUAAAUUAUCAUAAUCUUCUUUUAUAUUCAGGAAUGGAAGGUGACACAUUAAAUUUUUCUGAAUAUCUCCAGGCAAAUGUUCAACUUUAUGAAAUGAAAAAUAGUGUUGAAUUGGAAACUAAGGCUGUUGCUAAUUUUGUUCGAAAAGAGUUGGCUGACAGUUUAAGAUCACGGAGACCAUAUGGUGUUAAUCUUCUUUUGGCUGGAUAUGAUAUUGUUUCUAAAUCAGUAGAGCUUUAUUUUUUGGACAAUCUUGCUACUUUUUCAUCUGUUUCUUAUGCAUGUCAUGGUUAUGGGAGUUAUUAUGUAUUGUCUUUAUUGGACAAGUAUUAUCAACAGGAUAUUACUUUAGAAAAGGGAUUAGAAUUGUUAAGGAAAUGUUUGGAUGAAAUGAAAACAAGGCUUCCUAUUGAUUUCAAAAGUUUUAUAAUAAAAAUUGUUGAUAAAAAUGGUAUUUCUGUUAUUAAAGAAUGA